AUGGGUGCGAGACACCCGAAAGGGGAGUACGAUCCCCUGGUGACGGUUGAAGAUGGCCAGGCUGAGCAUGGAGGACCUGGAAGAUCGACGACGACCAGGCAAAGCUGGAUUCGGGUCCAGUUAGAUGCGCCCAAGUCGAUUCCAAGCCGCAUCCUGACAGCGAAUGGAGGCGAACGCAGCGAAGGUCAUUCUUGGCGGCCUCUUUUUAAACUAUUUCUCAUCUGCUUGCUAGCGGCUGGCUCUAUAUGGGCUCUUUGUUGGAAGCUAGAAGUUGGUGUGCUGUCUCUAUUGAAAAAGUGGUGGCUGCCGCUGGUGAUCAUUAUCAGUGUCGGUCUCCUCACUAUUGGAGGAGGAAUGAUCAGUCCAAGAUUCUAUGCCAACCGAUCAUCGAAAGAAGCAUUGUUGAACAGCAUCGGAAAGAUUCAGGUUCUGGUCAAGUUCAUUUUUCCCGUUUUCAUGUUCUACGGCGACUUCAUCAGUGACAUUGGCAUGAUGCAUAGGUUUUGGCUUCAGGAGGACUAUGCAUUUGCCGUCAUGAACGGCCUUGCAAUCCUAGCAGGCUCUAUCUCCUCUGUUGUGCUUGGAGUUCAUGAUUUCUCAGAGGAUAGCCUGUUGCUCACUGUGAUGAUCUUUUUGCAGCUAACGCCUUUAGCUGUGGUUGUGCAAUCGAUUGGCCUCUUCUGUGCGGCUAUUGAUGGCUCCGGGACUGACCCUAGGCACAAGUCCCUAGAUGGCUAUUUACGCGAUCAGGUUUCUUCCCUUCUCGCAAGAGCAACAGCAGGUGAGGCAUUUACAGAGGCACUCCUGAGCAUCUUUGUGCAGACCUACGCCAUUCUGCGUCAAGAUAUCAGCUGGACCCCACUGACGAUUACUUCGAUACUUUUCAGCAUUGGGUCAAUCGUCAAGUCAUUCUCAAACCUGGAUAAGCGCGGGCAUGUCUCCCGUGAAAUAAAAGGCCAAGGGAUAGUGGUGGGCUUAGCGGAAAUGCUAUCUCCUCCCUUCCUUCUCACAGUGGCGUAUCGCUUGGCAGAGGUGAGCAGCCAGAUUCUUUUCUUCCCUUUGUUCCAGCUGAUCGUAGAUGAUGCUCAGAUCUUUGGUCUGAGAUAUAGCGGUGUCCUGCUUUGGGCUGUUGAUUGCCUCGUCCAAGCGGCUUUAGUUUGGCGCUGCACUUGUACUUGGAAGAAGCUGGUGUAUGCCGUGCCCAACACCAUUGGCACCUUCGAACCCAUGUUGCUGGUUGGAAAAGAUGGUGGUGCAGUGCUUUCCACUCCAGCUGCACUGCAUGUGGUGUCCCACUUAGUGGAGCUUGUGCUGGCGACGGUCUUCGUACGUAUCUUCUACACAGAGCGUUUGGACGUCGUUGUGGAGCAGCAGAGCCGAAUUCUUUGGUACUUGGCUGCGUGCAAUGGGGUCAGGUAUGUGCUCUUCUGGGUCCUUAGAACGUUCUGUGCGCACAAAGCCAACUGCUCAACAGUUUUUCCUCUUGAGAUGAUCUUGUCGGAAGAUGCAAUCAGCAUGGCUGAUGAAGCUGACAAGCGUGUGCCAGUCGAAGUUGCAGCAUUGGCAACUUUUAGUUUGAAAGGAACCAACCACCAGAAGAUCUUCAAGAUGCUUGAAAGCGGAGAGCAUGGGCAUGGGUACAUUGCUGGCAAUGUGUGUCACUUGAUUAGCAGGGCUUCCCAGGGUAAAAGGCCCCAGGAGAAAGAAAAACUGGUGCACGAGGGCGCAGGCAGGGCAGUCCUGCUGGCAAUGGAUGCGUACCUGUAUGAAGAGGACGAUUGUCCUGUUCUGAGAGGGUCAUGCCGAGCCGUGUACAACCUUGCAUCAGGAAGCGUCAAUAACAAGAUCUUCUUCUCCCAGGAUGGGCCCUCCAUGCUACUUAAAUGUAUGCAAAAAAAGGACAAGGCUCUUCGAAAGUAUGCAUGCUUUGCAUUGGAAGUCUUGGCAUCGAACGAUUCAAUCCGGGGGAAGUUGGCGAACGAUUUGCUCAGCGAUGAUCUUGUGGAGGCGGUGCUAAGCAACCUGUCUGAAGGUCGCAACCGCAAAGAUGCUCUUCUCCAAACCGCAGCCUGUGGAUUGAUUGCCAAGCUUGCUGCCCAUGACCAGCUUCGGCAGAGGUUUCUGAACCGAAAUCCUCCUUGCACUGAAGAAGUUCUUACGAGCAUGCGCGAGCAUCCCAAUGACGCGGACGUCCAGCGCAACGCCUGCUUUGCACUUCGCUGCCUGGUGCCGUGCUGCGACCGUGACCGCUCAGCUCACAACCAGCUCCUGUCCAUGGGUGUGCGAGACCAGAUUAGACAGGCCAUGGACCACCACGCCAGUCAGCCUUCCUUCCAAUACGAAGCAUGGAGCCUCUUGCGAACUUUGGAUGGCAAGAAUCGCCUUGGGCUCGCCGGGGCCCCCUCCGGCGAACUCGAAGGGCGGGGACGAUUGUCGACAUCGUCAGCAGAUCUAUGGCCCUUGCAGCCCUUGACGUCAAGAGGGGUGGCAUGA